GGACGGCGAGCGGCGGCGGGGCGCGGGGAGGCGCAGCGGGGGUUUUGCUGGUUUCGGACCCCAGCGGCCGGAUGGUGAAAUCCUCCCUGCAGCGGAUCCUCAACAGCCACUGCUUCGCCAGAGAGAAGGAAGGGGACAAGGCCAGCGCCGCCCACGCCAGCCGCACCAUGCCGCGCCUGAGCCUGCCCGCCGGCCGCGGCGGCCGCAGCGCCGAGAGGGCCUCCCCCCACGGCUGUCGUCACCCGGGUCCGGGGCCUCGGUGGUGCUCCGAUGUCCCUCACCCACCCCUGAAGAUCCCAGGUGGGCGAGGGGAUAGCCAGAGGGAUCCCAGCCUCGCGGCCGCGCCGCUGUACUCCGACCAGCGGCUGAGCGUGACCGAGGAGCUGACGCCGGGCGGCCAGACGCGGGUCCUGCACGUGCGGUCCCGGCUGUCGGACGCCAGGCAGGUCAGCUGGAGGGCGGUGCUGAGCGCCAACCGCCUGUACGUGGAGCUGCCGGCCGGCCCGCUGCCCGAGGGCUGCAAGGACAGCCUCGCGGUGCUGCUGGAGUUCGCCGAGGAGCAGCUGCGCGCCGACCACGUCUUCAUCUGCUUCCCCAAGAACCGCGAGGACCGAGCCGCCCUGCUCCGCACCUUCGGCUUCCUGGGCUUCGAGCUGGUGAGGCCGGGGCACCCGCUGGUCCCCGCGCGGCCCGACGCCUGCUUCCUGGCCUACUCGCUGCGGGAGUAGCGGAGCCCGCGCUGUGCCCGCGAUGAACGCCCUCGGACCCGUGUCGUGUUUGUGAUACUGAAGUGUUUGCUUUAAUUCUAAAUAAAAGUUUAUAUUUUA